CAAGUUUCCGUGUCCUCCUUGUGUUCUAUAAAUACCCAAAAACAAUAUGAAAUCUUUGCAGGUUGAAGAUUUAACAUAAGCAUAUUUGGAGGAAGUUGCUAACAUGGAAGCUAGAGGAGAAAUUUUGGUUGUACCUUUUUUUGGGCAAGGCCAUCUUUUCCCAUGCAUGGAGUUAUGCAAGCAUUUCUCAUCUGAUAACUACAAAGCCAUCCUCAUCAUCCCUUCUCAUCUAUCUUCAUCUGUUCCCUCCUCUGUCAGGGGACUUUCUUUGGUUGAAGUGGUUGAAAUUCCCAACUCACCUUCAUCAUCUCCACCGCAUCCUCCGCUGCCGCCACCAUCGGAGAUGACAACACCACCACCACCAGCAUUACUGCCUGAACUGCUAGAUGGAUCGAGACCCGGACCCGGAUUUGGGCCAGGACCCGGCCCACUUCGCCAUCACCAUCAGCAAAUGGGAAGUGGACUUGAAGCAUACCUUUCUCAAAAGUGUGGGGAGUUGGGUCAGACCCGACGCGUUUGUGCUGUGCUUGAUGUGAUGAUGAGCUGGAGCAAAGAGUUUUUUGUGAAGUUUGAGAUACCGACAGUUUCUUUUCUUACUUCUGGUGCUUGCUCUGCUGCUAUGGAAUAUGCUGGUUGGAAGGCUCAGGUGCGUGAUAUGAAACCAGGUGAGAUCCGAAAGUUUGAUGGGUUACCGGAAGACAUGGAGCUGAGUUAUUCGGAUCUUAAAAGGCAGGAGCAUCAUGGGCCACAUAGACAUGGUGGAAAUGUAGGUGGGCCAGCAAUGGAUGGACCGAAUGGACCACCGGGUUGGAGGAGAUUUGGCAGACCAGAUGGAGGGAAUGGACCACCUAAUGGGAUGAAAUUAGGUCCUCCUGGGGCCGGGAGUAGACCGAGAUGGUUAGAUGAGGUGGAGGGUUCGUCCGCAUUGUUGUUCAAUACAUGUAAUGAUCUGGAACAUCCGUUUAUCAAGUAUCUUGCAGAUCAGAUUGAUAAACCGGUCUAUGGUGUGGGUCCGCUCUUGCCCGAAAAGUACUGGAAAUCAAGCGGUUCAAUUUUACAUGACGGUGAAUUUAGAUCAAAUCGGAAGUCGAAUUACACAGAAGACCAGGUGAUUCAAUGGAUGGAUUCAAAACCACAUCAGUCCGUGAUUUACGUGUCAUUUGGUAGUGAAGUUGGGCCUAGCUUGGAGGAAUACGCGGAAUUAGCCCAUGCAUUAGGGGAGUUGAACCGACCGUUUAUAUGGGUGAUUCAACCGAAUUCGGGAAGAGCCGGUCCACCACCUGGUUUUAUGGGUGAUGAAUCCCGUUCUCAAACUAAAGAAGAAGGUUUCUAUCCACAUGGGUUGGAAGAGAAGGUCGGUGACAGAGGAUUGGUGAUAAAUGGAUGGGCACCACAGCUGCUAAUUUUGAGCCAUCCAUCUCUUGGUGGAUUUUUGUCUCAUUGUGGCUGGAAUUCUACAGUGGAAUCCAUUGCCCGGGGAGUCCCAAUUUUGGCUUGGCCAAUCAGGGGUGACCAAUUUCAUAAUGCCAAAUUGGUCGUAAAACAUUUGAAGGCGGGGCAUAUGUUGCGGACAGGUGAUGAUCCAAAAGAAAUGGUCAAAAAGGAUGGCAUUAUCCGAGGUAUUGACCUUCUGCUGGAUGACAAAGAGGUUCACAAGCAAGCAGUGGCGGUAAGAAGCAGAUUCAAGAAUGGUUUUCCAGCAAGUUCAGUGGCUGCUUUGAAGUCCUUUCUUGAAGCUAUAGUCAAGAAGAAUUAAGCAGAUUAUCGAUAUGAAGAGAGGGAUCAUAUGAGCAUUUGUAAUAUCUAUUGGUUUGACAGAUUGAUAAUGGAUUGGCCAAGAGAGUAGUGUAUUGCAAAUUGUCCGCCACACAGCUAUCUGUCUUUUCCUUGUGUUGGGUUGAGGGCCCUGCUGUGUACUCGAUUGAAAUUAUACAAAUGCCCAAUCUGAUAUCGCCGAGGGGCGUCGGGUUGAUAA